UCCGGAAAAGCGAUUCUCUGCUUCCCCUGUGCCCAUGCUCUCUGGGCAUGCGUCCGCACCUGUCCAACCGGCUGCACCUGCACUCACGAGCGCAGCUGCUCUGUGCUGUGUGACAGGACCGGCCUCCUGCAGGUGCCCAGCGAGUUCCCCUGCGAGGCCGCCUUCAUCAACCUGGACAAGAACGGCAUCAAAUUCCUGGCAGAGCGGGCCUUCGGGACCCUGCCCUCCCUCCGGCAGCUGUCUCUGAGCCACAACAACAUCUCCUUCAUCACUCCGGGGGCCUUCAAGGGGCUCCCUAACCUAGUGGAGCUGAGAAUCGCCUACAACGAGGACAUCCGCUACCUGCACACGCGGACGUUCGCUGCCCUCCGACGCCUGGUCAGGCUGGACUUGGCAGGCUGCAACUUGUUCAGCAUCCCUGACCGGAUCUUCGUGGACCUCCCUGCCUUGCAAGAGCUCUCCUGCUUCCAGAACCACUUCCGCCGGGUGCCCGGAGCCAUCAGGGGGAUGGAGAACCUGACUCAUCUCUACCUAGAGCGUAACUGGAUCGAGGCCGUCGCCUACAACUCGCUGCAGGGUCUGGGCCGGCUGCGUUCUCUGAGUCUGCAAGACAACAGGAUCACUGUGGUGCACGCUGGGGCGUUCCAGGGCUGCGGGGCCAUGGAGUACCUCUACCUCAACGACAAUCUCCUCCACAGUCUCCCGGGGAGCUCCUUCGAGGGACUGAGUCACCUAAAGAUGCUCAAUCUCGGGGGCAACUCACUGAGCACCGUGUCUAGGGCUUGGUUCCGGGACCUGGUGGAGUUGGAAGUGCUCUACCUGGAUAGGAACAGGAUACGGUACAUCGAAGAAGGAGCCUUUGAGAACCUCACCAGCCUCGUGGCUCUGCACCUAAACAGCAACAACCUCACCUUAUUGCCCUUCUCCGUCUUCCAGCCCGUCUACUUCCUGGGCCACCUGUACUUGUUUCGGAACCCUUGGCACUGCGACUGCCAGAUGGAGUGGCUCAAGGAGUGGAUGGAGAGCUACGGUCUUGUCAGGGAUGUCCCCUGCGCCUCGCCAUCCUCCGUGGCCAGUGGAGACUUGAGCACGGUGGACUUUCACCGAUCCCACGAGGGUCUCUGCCUGGAUCCCAAGGAACUGAACUUCACCACCUCCAGUGAGGCCCCGUCGGAAGGUCCUCCCUCUGCCACCGAGAGCAAGUUCAGUAGCCUCAUCUCCAAGCUCCUGUCCCCAAGGGCUCCACCAGAAGAGGUGGCCAACGACACUGGGGGCUUGGUCAACGGCUCUCUGCUAGAUAGCCUUUCCUCAGGCCUAGAAGGAAGGUGGGGAAACGGGACCUUAUCAUUUUGGGUCUUUCCUCACCUAUUGCUCUGUGUGGUGUUUUCCAUAGUGACAAGGCUGAACAUGACAUAA